CACUAUUAGUCUUCGUUAUUCAGCUGUACUAUUAGUCUUCGUUAUUUAGCUGUACUUAUGGUAGUUACUCCGUAUGUAUAUGACACUGCUACCGAUGUCGUGCACGCUGCCGUCGACGUUGUGCGCGCUGCGUGCGAGGCCGCGCGCACCCCGCCAGUUGAACGGACUGCCGCCGUCGUGCUCGCAAGCCCCAUCCACGUCGCGCAAGCCCCCAUCCAUGCCGCGCAAGCCUCAUCCACGCCGCGCGAGAUCCCCGAGGCCGGGCGCGAGACCUCCAAGGCCGAGCGCAGGACCUUCGAGGCCGGGCGCGAGACUCCCCUCAACGUCGCGCAAGACCCGCGGCAGGGGAUCGCCCGUCGUCGUCGUCUCCCUCCCGCCUCAUAUCAGCUCCGUGAGAACCCCCCUCAUCGCUUCCCUCCCAGCCGGGCUCCCUCAUCUCCACCCUCCCUCCUGCCUCAUAUCAACUUCGCAAGAGCCCCGCUCCUCGACGCGCACCCCCUCUCCCUCCUUGACGCGCACGGCCCUUCUCGUCGACGCGCGCCCCUCCCUCUUUACGCGCACCCUCCCCCCUCCCCCUCCUUGACGCGCCCGCCUCCCCCUUCUUGACGCGCCCCCCUCCCCUCCUUGACGCGCACCCACCUCCUCCUCGACACGUGCGCCCGCUUCGCCUGCGACGUGUGCCUGCCGCCCCCUCCUCCCCGUUGCACCCCACCUCCCCGUUGCACCCCACCUCCCCCCUUCCUUACGCGCACCCACCUCCUCGUCGCACCCCACCCUCUUGGACAUCCAUCAGAGGGGGUGGGGGUGGUGUGGGUUAGGUGGAGGGGAGGGGUGGGUUAGGUGGAGGG